UCGCCCAUCAGCUCUGACGACUGCAGAGUGUGACAGUGAUGGCGGAGGUGGAGGAAGUUGCGGCCCUCGGGCUCGAGAAUGUGACCCAAGGCUCCCUCAAUGACUCCCAGGCGGCCGUUAACGGGACGGGGAAGGUGCCCUCCACGCCAGAGGGAAUGGCCCUGGCGUACGGGAGCCUGGUGGUGAUGGCGCUGCUCCCCAUCCUGUGUGGCUCCUUCCGCUCCGUGAAGCACCAGCAGCAGCAGAAGGCUUCUGGGGAGAAGGUGGACACCAUGACAUCUAAGGAUGCAGCUAUGUUUCCACUCAUUGCCUCUGGUGCACUCUUCAGCCUUUAUAUCAUCUUUACAGUAUUCUCCAAAGACUAUAUUAACCUGUUGCUGUCUUCAUAUUUCUUCAUCUUGGGAGUGUUGGCUCUCUCCCAUGUCUUUGGACCAAUCAUCUCUGGCCUGGUGCCAGCCUCAGUGCCCUUCGAGACUUACCAUCUGUAUCUCCUUCGUGGGGACAAAGAGAAAAAAGACUACCUCAUUAAUUAUGGCUUCACUUCCUAUGAUUUGGUGUGCAUGGUAGUGUGCUCCAUCCUGGGAGUGUGGUACCUCCUCAAGAAGCACUGGAUUGCGAACAACCUGCUGGGGCUGGCCUUUGCUGUCAAUGGGGUGGAGCUGCUUCAUCUCAACAACAUCCAGACUGGGGCUCUGCUACUUGUUGGCCUCUUCAUCUAUGAUAUCUUCUGGGUAUUUGGCACCAAUGUCAUGGUCACUGUUGCCAAAUCCUUUGAGGCCCCAAUCAAAUUGGUCUUCCCUCAAGAUCUGUUAGAGAAAGGACUAGAGGCUGACAACUUUGCCAUGCUGGGCCUGGGAGACAUUGUGAUUCCUGGUAUCUUCAUCGCCCUUCUCCUGCGUUUUGAUCACAGCCUGAAACGGGGUUCCUACACAUACUUCAAAGUGACUUUUGCUGCCUACUUUGCUGGGCUGUUGAUGACCAUCUUUGUGAUGCAUGUGUUCAAGCAUGCCCAGCCAGCCCUGCUGUACCUGGUGCCUGCCUGCCUUUCUGCCCCCGUCCUUCUAGCCCUCAUUAAGGGGGACUUUAAGGCUCUCCAGUAUGAAGAUCAUCCCAGCCAAGAGGAAGGGGAAGAGAAGGAAGCAAUAGAAGACAAGAAAGCUGGGAAGAAGGACAAAUGAAGGCAAGAUGCUGAUUUGCCAAACACCAGGGUCCCCCCCUCCUCAUGGGCAGGUUGUGAUGGAUGGAGCACAAAUCAGCAUUUAUAUAUUUUACACAUUUUCCCUUAUUUUCAAGAUAGACUUUUCAUCCAUAUUUUUUUUUAUACCCUCUACUCAAUUUUGUAAAGUUCGGAACUCAUUUCAAUAUCACAAACUGACUGCAUCCUUAAUUUGUCUUUCUUUUUAAAUUUAAAUUAUUAUGCUUGAUUACUAAUUACAUAAUUGUCAUGGGUGUACAGUAGGAUCUGGAUUUUUCUUGCAGCAAUGGCAAACUCAACCCCUUAAAAGAUGGUGUUGAUUAUAUUUUUAUAUAUUAGCCUUUCUCCAGCAUAAAAAAUGUUUUGUCCCAAAAAUAUUUUUGCCCAUGUUAGAGGUUUUCUUACUUAUAUCUAUCUACCUUCUCUGAUGUGCACUUUCUCUGAAAGAAAUUAUUAGAAUUGUUAUUUUUGUAACAUUUGUUUUGUUAAAAUCAGUAUUGGUGUUAAUUCUGUUUUAAGAUGUAAAAUCAGAGCUGUAAUAUAAUAAUCAUUAUGAUUAUUGGAAUAAUAUUUGAUCUGCAUAUUACUUUGUGACUCAGGCUGACCGGCUUGUAAUGUGUAAAGGAGUUUGGCUAGUUUGCCAGGAAAUGGGAAGUGGUAUGGCUUGAGUUUAUAGUAGAGGAUAAAGUGUGACUUAAGCCUGUAGUGUUGGGUGGUAACUUGGGAAAGUAAAGUAUGAAGUAAAGCUUACAUGAGACUGCUGUUAUGCAUGAUUUAUGGUGGAAUGGAAUGUUCCUCAGGAUGACUAGCCUGUAUCAUUAGAUGAAGUGUAACUUAGGCUGGAUGGCCUGUUGCAUGGAAAAUAGUGUGGCUCAGACUGGCUGGCCUGUGUGAGCAGUUAUGUCAAGAGAUGUAAAAACUCAUUUAAAAAAAAAAACUGAGGAAUCAUUUUGCACCCAACAUUAUUUACUGAGGCACAACUAAAGGAAUGUGAUAGUUCUUUUACAUCAUCCUUUUGAAAAAAUAAAUUAACUAAUGUGGUCCAUUUCUCAAAGACAGAAUAGUGUGAAGGUUGUCUGAGGAACAAGGAAGCUUGUUUUCCAGACAUCCUUCCUUUUUUUAAGUUAAAAAAAAUAAAAAGGGUAAUGGAA